AUGCUCUCCCCCAAACCCAUCCUCCUGACCACCCUCCUCUCCGCCACCGGCGUCCUCUCCGCACCCACCAGCACCACCACCGCGACCGCCCCACCCAGCGGACCCACCUCCUUCCCGGCCUCCAUCCAAACCGCGCUGCAAUCCUUCCAGGGCCAAAUCCUGCACGUCAUCUCCGACUACGCGCACGAAGCGACGCUCUCGCAGCAGCAGGUCACCACGGACUACAGCUCGACGGGGCGCGCGCUGGACUUCUACCUGCGGAACACCUUCCUGGCGGGGGGCCCGAGCGCCUGUCCGCAGGCGCUCGCGGGGGAGCCGCUGCCGGCCCAGGCGGAGGACGCGGACGAGGGCAUCGCGUACUUGCAGAGGGCGCAGUUGGCGCUGAUCGACGUCAGCCAGGACGCCCUGCAGGGGGCGUUCACAAACGGGGUGAGCGAUUUCUGCCGGGCGAUCCGGCUGUACGGGGGUGCGGCGAGGAGUUUUUAG